UAAGCACAUGAAUAGGACUAGUUAUCUUUACAAUUAAGAACAAUCUGGAUGUGGUGUAGUGGUAUCAGAAAUGAAAUAUACCAUAAAACACUUAACAAAGGUCAAAACAUAAACAAAUAUGAGCUCUGAUUGGUAAAUGUAUCAUUGACUUGAAAUUUAUAUAUGCAGAUAUACAAGGUUGAUUGAAGAUAUCUAAAUGGUGUGCAAGAUAGCUGAUAAGCACUGAAGAUACGAUACAGAAAUAUCAUCAAGAACAAAAAAAGCAACAGAAAUGUCUCUCUGGAUUCAGGUGCCAAUUUUGGUUAACACCUUGUUGACAUGGUGAUACGUUAAAUACUGUUUAAACAGACAGGUGGAAUACAUACAUUACACCAACGCAGCCAGCUCAAUUCUAAUAUGCUAUACUGCGGUUUACGACCUGACUAGAGUGCUCAUUCACGUUAUAAUCGUAGCAUUCAGUACAUACUUGAUGGGAUUAUAUAACACUGAUAGAAAACAAAUGACUGUAAAACGCUCCAAAUCUAAUCGUUGGUAAGAUUAAUAAGUACAGUAAUGUGUGCAUGAUGUUAAACAGGUCCAAAUCUGCAACAAUGUACAAACAGUCCUUGGUGUCUCUAUAAAGAAGUGGAAUAACGCCAGAUGUCGGACGAAUGUGCUCUAGAAUGAAAUUCUGAUAUCUGCCAGGCUUUGAUUUGUGUUCGGUAAUAUGAGUAUUUUAUAUUUGUGUAUACAUUCUAAACAAUUUUCUGAUACUUUUUCAGACAAAAUUGAUUUGCUUUGUGAAAGCGUUGCUGUCAUUCUUUCAAAUCUAAAUUAUACAAGAAGAUGUGAUACAAGAGUUUGUCAGAGAUUCAUCUAAACGGCUGCUGAAAUGGACGGAUCACGUUAAUAAUGGUUAUCUACGAGCUGAAAGACGGAGCAAUUAUAUUGUACCAGUUACAAAUAUAAAUAUCACGUAUAAGACAUCAUGCUAUCCCAGAUCACAAACCGGAUAUGAUGUAAUAAGUGAUGCUUCAAGAACAUAGUUCAGCAUAUAAUGUUUCCAAGAGUUACGUUACUAUAUCGUCUGUUAGCGGUAUGCAUUCUGGUUAGCAUAAUUAUGAUUCUUCUACAAACGGCAGACGACAGAGUUCAUAGCAAAAGACUUCCACUUGAAGUUAUACGUGAACAAGAUUCCUACAUCGAUAUAAAAACUGCAGGACAACCCUCAAAACCUCGAAUAGCUUCUAAUAGUUCAAGUCCCAAUAUAAGAAUGUUUAGUGGCAAAGAAAACCUGCAAACUACGAGAAUUCCGCCGGUAAACCCGCAUAAUUUCAAAUAUAUCAUUAACCCAAGGGAUACAUGCAAAUCUAAAAACUUAAAAUAUAUAAUCUAUGUUCACUCAGCACCUAAGAAUCACAAGAAACGCCAAAUGGUGAGGCAGACGUGGGGUGCUAGGUCAGUUUUACAGAAAUAUAGCAUGAGAAUAGUGUUUAUAAUGGGAGUAGUCGAGGAUAUAUCUACCAUGGAGAGAGUCAAGUAUGAAAGCAAUAGUUACGGUGACAUUGUUGUUGAAAAUUUCUUAGAUUCUUACAGAAAUUUGACAUUUAAAGCAAUUGCCGGACUGAAAUGGGUAUCAAAACACUGUGAUAAUGCAACAUACGUCAUCAAAUCUGAUGACGACAUCUUAAUUGACAUGCAUGCUCUAAUGCAACAAAUGAAUUCUACAGAAAUAAAGAACUACGGAACAAAAAAUUUGAUAAUGUGCAAUCAAUGGGUGAGAAUGAAAGUAAUUAGAGACAAGAAAAGCAAGUGGUAUAUUUCAGAAAAAGAAUUUCCGGAUGAAUAUUUCCCGCCAUAUUGUUCUGGUUCCGUGUUUAUUAUGAGCACUGAUGCCGUGCAGCGUAUGUACCAGGCCUCACUGGACACUACAUUUUUCUGGGUAGAUGACUUUUAUUUGACAGGAUUACUUGUGAAAAAAAUUGGAAUAGGGCACAAAAGGUUAAAUGAAAAUUAUAUGCUCAAUGCUCGUGUUGCCAUGGAUAAAUUAAAAGAGGAUAAAAAGCAUGAGUUACGGUUCUUCCAUGUGCAUAAAUUAACUCAGAUAUAUCGGAUGUGGUCUAUUCUUAAAGAAAGAAUGAAUUCAACAUGUAAGGAUUUUUUAACACGGUCAUCGGAAGGGAAUGUGACUACUUUAACUUGAAAAAAUCUAAUAGCGUUUUGUUGCUGAAAUUCCAAGGAGAAAUGUGGUGUCGACACCGACGCGCAUAAGAGCACCACACUUACUGAAAACGAUAAAGAGGGUCUAGUGUAAUUUUGUGAAAGAUAUUAAUCGAGUUAUGCUUUCAGAGCUAAAACAGUAGAUCGACCAUGUGUUUUUGGAGGUUGUAGCAUUUCCAGUAACAAACCUUGUUGUUCAAAUAAUAAUUCAAUUUAAUAAAUUUUUGUCAGUAA